UCGGUCCUUCGGUCUGCCUGCGUAUCAGCUGGUCAUCACGGCACAUGUAUGCCUCAGGUGUCUAUCUUGAGGGCCUAGAUGGGCCCGCGGCCGAGCUGGAGGCUCGACGACUGCGGAGUACGAGGACGGGGAUUACCACCUGAUCAUCUGUUUACUAUGUACUGAUCACUGAGUACCGAUCGAAAGAGCUGGAUGGAGCUGGAUGGAGAUGGAGAUGAGAUGAAAUGGGCUGGGCUGGGCUGGACUGGGCUGCUGGGCUGCUGGGCUGGAGCUGCCCACUUGCGAUCACCCUACCUUCCUACCUACCUACCAGUACCCUGGUGGUUGUGGUUGUGGUUGGGUGGUUGUCUUACUGACUCCUGGUGGUACAGAGAGACAAGUCGAGAUCGUGGCCGGCCAGGGCAGAGCAGGGCAUGCGGUCAGUCGGUCUGGUGUGGUGGUCCCUGGCGUGUGCAGAAUCACCACCACCACCACCACCACCACCACCACCAGCUCAGUGGAACAGAGUACCUUACUAUCUAUCCACCUAGUGUAGAACCUACAGUAGUCCCCGUAUCUUACCCAUCACUCGGGAAACAGGUUGUCAAAGGAUCUACAGCGGGAUUGGCCUGGAAAAUCAAGUUUGGGGGCCGUCAGCGUGGCCGGCCGCGUGGUUUUCUCCCUUAGUUCUGGUUUCUUGGGUGCGGUGGUGAGCAGUACUAUCUAACAGUAGACUAGUUGAUUUGUUGGAUCUUAGACUGAACUGUCACGCCAGUAGCAAUCAAGUGUCAAUAAAUCAAUGUCAAUGGGACUCCAUGGACAAGGGGAUUGGCACCAGCGGACGGACGGACGCAUUGAUGAUGAUCGUCGACUUGGCUUGGGGGGGUGGAUAUCAUCGGGUUCGGAUAGGAAGGUUUUGGGCUACGGGCUGGCUGGGCCUGUCGUCUCC